AUGGCCGCUGAUAUUCCUGCACCCCACGCAGACCGUAUCCUAUGGAAGGAUGACGUGCCCGUGUGGGUUGAUCAGUGGCCACUUCCAAGGGAGAAGCUUGAGGCUGCCGAGGAGCUAGUGCGGGAGCAAUUCCUCGCUGGCCGGAUUGAAUAUAGCGAUUCCCCUUGGAAUACCCCUAUUUUCAUUAUCAAAAAGAAAUCGGGAAAAUGGAGGCUCUUGCAGGACCUUCGCGCUGUUAACCGAACCAUGAUCAUCAAAGGCUCCCUUCAACCUGGUCUGCCCUCCCCUGUGAGCCCAAUGAAACGCUUUCAGUGGAAAGUGCUCCCCCAAGGAAUGGCUAAUAGCCCUACACUCUGCCAAAAGUUUGUGGCUGCGGCUAUUCAGCCCGAAAUGCUUGGAAAACGAUCACCCCUACGCUGGUACCUCCUGGCUGUCCUGAGGGUCUGCCUUGCUGGUUUUGACGCCCCGGCCGGCAAUGAUCUCCUCGCCUCCCUUUUUGGGCCACCCUGUGACUGCCGUGGAGGGUAUACACGGGUAACACCGCAGCGGUUCUCUUACUCCAACGACUGCAAUGAAUACACCGCCUAUCUCACCUAUCGACCAUCCACCGGUGGGGGAUUUAAGCAACGGUGGGAGUGUGUUGCCAAACCCCGAGUCAUUCCCUCUCUGCCUGGGUCCCCUGGUCCCUGCCCCUCCCCCUGUCGCUACUAUCAAGCUAUUCAUUCCCUUUGCUAUAACAGCGUCCAGCAGUGUUCUUCUAAUAAUAAGGUUUAUUUGAAGGCAGUUCUACAGCAAGCCUAUGCAGGAACCUUUGGUGGGGAAACCUCCGCCACUCUCCAGGGACAUACUAACAAAUAUGCCCAGGCGUCUUGUUUGUCUGCCGAUGUUGGCCACAAUGUCUGUUGGCCCGAACGUGCACCCCUACAUGUAUCAGACGGAGGGGGCCCUUCUGACAGAGUCAGAGAACAUGAGGUCCAGCAGCACAUUGAGGAACUCAUUCGGGCCCAAUUCCCCUCCCUCCAUUAUCAUCCUCUUGCGCGUCCCCGGCCUCACAGAUUGAGUCUUGAUAGUCAGACGUCUGUCAUUUUGGAAUCCACUCACCUUAUGCUAAAUAAGACCAAUCCUGUGUUGGCUGCGGACUGCUGGCUUUGCUUGCCCCUCGGUACUCCCAUUCCUAUGGCGUUACCCCUCCUUGGUAACCUUGCUCCUGCCGAAAAUCCUUCCCGUCCGGUAAAUUGUUCCCUAGGCCCCCCUUUUAGGAUUCAACCGAUCCCUUUGAAUCAGUCACUCUUUGUAGCCCCCUGCUUUGAGGGUACCACUCCCAAUGCCUCUGUCUCCAUUGAUGUGGGUUUUCUCCCUCAUGUGAAUUGUUCCUCUGUCCUUCUUACUAGCAGUUUCCUGUGUCCCCCUCUAGGCCAUGUUUUUCUCUGCGGAGGGAAUAUGGCGUUCCCAGCGUUGCCCGUAAAUUGGACUGGUUAUUGCUCCAUUGCCUCCGUUCUACCUGAGAUGGAUAUUGUUCCGGGGAACGAGCCUGUUCCGGUUCCCAGCCUCGACUUUAUGGCUGGAAGACAUAAAAGGGCCGUAUUUGCUAUUCCCUUGCUUGUUGGCUUGGGCAUUACGGGAGCCCUUGCGACAGGGUCUGGGGGCUUGGGAGUCGCCAUACACUCCUAUAAUAAACUCUCUGCACAGCUCAUUGAUGAUAUCCAAACCUUAUCAGGAACUAUUAGUGAUCUCCAGGACCAGAUCGACUCUCUAGCCGAGGUGGUCUUGCAGAACAGAAGGGGAUUGGAUCUCUUGACAGCCGAACAAGGGGGUAUAUGCUUGGCCUUACAGGAGAAAUGUUGCUUCUAUGCUAAUAAGUCCGGUGUAGUCCGGGACAAGAUAAAGAAAUUACAGGAUGAUCUGGUCAAGCGUCGGAGAGAACUGUUUGAAAAUCCUUUUUUAAGUAAUCUUCAUGGCUUUCUUCCUUAUGUUUUACCUCUUGUAGGGCCUAUAUUUGUGUUUUUAUUAGCUCUAACCUUCGGUCCUUGGGUGUUCCGGAAGAUCACCUCCUAUGUCAAACAACAGCUGGACAAGGCCUUGUCCAAACCUAUUCAGGUCCAUUAUUGUCGGCUGGAUACUGGCGACCCUGAUCUUUAUACCGACAUUGGCCGGUCCCAAGGAUUAGUCUGAGCGCUGGUUUGGUUAGCCAAUGACGGGUAAGAUCCCCCUGAGGGGAGUCUGACCUAAGCCAGGGGCGUUGCCUUGCAUAUUGCCCCCAUGACAGGCAACAGUCUCCCACUCCUCGGGACAACCUAAGACAGGCACAAACCCCUCUGCUAAACCUUCCCUCUUAAGGAAAGAAAAGGGGAACAUGUAAGGGACCAC